UUUAUUCAAAAUAGGUAGUAGAAAGUUUUUCUACUUUAUUUAUGUAUACAUUUAUUAUGAGUCCCGAACUAUUUAUAGAUAUUAGAAUAAAUAAAGCACUAAUUUGACUACGCAUGUAUUUUACCAUGUAUAAAAAAUGUAAUUGCAAAUCAUGUAGUGGACACUGCCUUCUAAUCUAAAGUAUCAGUUUUAUACCAAAAUUUGUUAAUACUUUGCACACAAACAAAUAGUAUUUAAUAUCUUAAUUUUUGAAUAAUAAUGAUUAGAAUAAUUUGUAUUAGACUAAUUGUAAAAGUUUUUUGGGAUGUGAUCGAAUCGACUAAUUAGAAAAAAACCUGAGCUUUUGUAUACAAAUUCAUAAAGUUUGUUAACUUUAACAAUUAUAAGAACAUAUUUAGGACGUGUAGUAUUCUGUACUUCAUAAAAAGCAAGCAAAUUUUACAUGUUAUGCAGUAAUUAUUGGAAUAAUAAAAAUAAUAAAAGUUGUUAUAAGAUUUCUUGUCAAUAUUAUGAUCCAGACUCUUCUCUGCUUAAAAUCCGGGUUGUUGGUAGACAACUCUAAAAAUAGAAAACCAUGCUUUGCAUACAACCAAAACUAUAACAUUAAAGAGAGCGUUGCACUUAUUCGUCGUGUGCGUAAAAAAACUUUCGAGCAUUUUCCCGUUCGGAAAACCGGCUAGUUUUGAAUUAGGAAUGAGAGCAUGUUCAAAAACACAUAUUUAUUUUGAUCAUCUCAGUUUUUCGUUACGGUUACAGCCUCCUCAAGGCUGUUGACUAAAAGGAGAGGAUCAAAUAGGAAAUCUAAUUUCCUCAUCAUAAUCGAAUCUUGUCAAUAAAUAGUCGAAUCGUAGCAAAUAAAAGAUAAUAAGAAGUUGGUGACAGGGAGGAAGUGCCCACAGCGCCCGGAAAGUGACCACUACUCGGACUUGAGAAAGUCAACAACUACUUGCAGCCAUCCCUCGAGUCUGGACGUGGACAAUAUUGCUGGCAACAAGUCGGAGAAACCCUGCUGUACACGCGAACGAAGAAAGCAGCAGCAAAUAAUAAUGGGGAAAGCAUCCAAGGCAAAAACCGCAGCAGCAGCGAAGAACGUGACAAAGCCGGCUUCUGAAAAGAAAGAGAAUCCAGAAAGUGAUUCCAUUUCAAUUUCAAAGGACGACUCGAACAAGAACAACUUCAAAUGUGGUGUUCACGAUUGUCCCGUCCCCGCCGUGUCGAGAUGCGGCGGCUGCCAGAAAGUCGGCUAUUGUUCGAAAGAGCAUCAAAAGUUGCACUGGAAGGAUCACAAGGGGGACUGUUGUGGGUGGAAGGUGUCGGAAAAUAAGCGGCUGGGUCGAUUCCUCAUCGCCGUGAGGGAUGUCAAGCCGGGAGAAAUUAUUAUGCAAGAAAAACCUCUGAUUAUCACCCCUCCGAAAAUCACCCUUCCGGUCUGUCUCGGUUGUUACAGUGAAUUCAAGCCGGAUGGAGUGGUGACGGAUGACGGUAAAGGCGUCAAACCGCACGCUUGCCAGAAUGGAUGCGGCUUUCCCAUGUGCAAAUCUCCACUUUGUUGCAACUCCCAGGAUCAUAAGGCCGAGUGCGCCUUGGCCAAAUCGAGGGGAAAGGUUACGAUUAAAUAUGCCGACGGUGAACAUCCGCUCUAUCAACUGAUCGGAAUCUUGCGAGCGCUCGGACUCAAAGAUAAGAAUCCUGACGUCUUCGAGAAACUGGUGAAUCUCGAAGCAAAUGUGGAAAAACGGGAGGAAUUCGUUAAAGCCAUGGAGGCCGAGGAAGGUGGUGGCGGGGGACCUGGUGGCAGUUCCACGAGUAACAGCACCGAACUCAAGCCGGCAGCAGGUGUGAAGCUAAUUCAUGAUUUCUUCCAAAGAACGGACGUAACGGAGGAAUGGAUUGUCAAACUUAUCGGAAUAAUUGAGACGAACGGGCACGAAAUUCCCAUCCCGGAUCUCGAUGGGCAUAUCAACAGGCGAGUUAUUGGUGUGUACCAUAACUCUUCCUAUCUGGAGCAUAAUUGUCGUCCAAACUGUGUCAAAACGUGGGAUUUGAGCACUAAAGAAAUUGUGAUUCGAGCCAGUACACCCAUCAAGAAGGGAGAUCAUCUUUCAAUCAGCUAUGUGGACCCUUUAUGGGGCACCGCCGAUCGACUAUCUCUCCUCCGAAUGACGAAAUUCUUCACGUGCCACUGUGACCGGUGCAAGGAUCCGACCGAGCUCGGAUGUCACGUCAGCUCGCUCCGGUGUCAACACUUGAAAUGUAUGAAUAUCCCGACCUCCGAAAAACGUGGCCUGGUCGCUCCACUCGAUCCCUUCAAACCGGACGGAGAUUGGAAAUGUUUGACGUGCAAGGAAGACUACAACGUCGCCUAUGUCAACUCUCUGAUCCAGAAAGCUGGUCAAGAGAUGGACCAACUUCACGACAAAAUCGGCGACAUCGCGGCCAAGGAAGACUUUGUGAAACAAUUUUCGAAAACCUUGUCGCCCAAUCACUUUUACUUGUUGGAGGUGAAAGUAGAGCUGGCCCAGCUUUACGGACGGACGAGUGAGGAGCCGUUGCAUAUGAUGAGUCCGAAAAAUCUCGUGAGGAAGAUUAACCUCUGUGAAGAACUUUUGGUCACGCUCAACAUAAUUUAUCCAGGCUACAAUAGGUUGAGAGCUUUGAUCAUUUAUGAACUCCAAGCCGCAGUCUUCAUGCUUUCACAACUUCGCCGCAGUUGUGGAGAUAUUUCAUUGGAAACGCAUUUGGAAGAGUUGAUGCAAUGCGGUAAGUGGAUGACUGAAGUGAUAAAAGUGCUCGGAUGGGAAAGCCAGCAUUCGAUCGAGCGAAAAAGGGCAGCUGGGGCCGAGAGAGACUUGGACAAUUUGAGAAAGGCUGUACUUUCACUGCAGAAUUUGCCUGAACCUACGGCUACCUUAUCAGUCGAUAAGGUAGCUGCUGCUGGAUCCAGGAAUGAAAAUGCAAAACCACCUUCCAGCCCGAAGAAAGGAGGAGAAAAGGAGUUAUCAUCACUUGAUAAGGAUCUGGAGAAGGAUAUUCUCGAAAUUGAAAGAUCCCAUCUCACUGCGGAUGAUGAUUCGUUCAUUGAAGAAGUGUUUUAAUUGGGAGAGGAGAAAAUUACUUAAUAAUUCGACUUGAAUAAUGAUUAAAUUUUCAACUUGUUACUACUUAAAUGUAAACUUUUGUCAGAAAAUUACAUAUAUAAAUAAUGGUACAUGUAGAGUCAGUAGCCGCGGAAGCCGUGGGGACAUCUGGGGACAUUUACUUAAAUAUACUUUUGUCAGUGUAUUCUGUAAUAAACAAUGGUACAUACAUGUAGUCAGGUCAGUGGCCGCGGAAGGUGUGGGGACAUUUUCCUUGUAAUAUGGGGGAGGGACGGGUUUAUAUAAGAUGAGGAGAUGAUGCGGACAUCGAAUAACCGUGGGGACAUUGCCCACACCCUUCCGCGGCCACUGCAUAUAUGUAGUUCAAAGACAUACGUACCUACAAUCUGCAUUAUACAAAAGAUGAAAAUAAAAAGACAUACUGAAACUGUUCCAUGCAAA